GUGAUAAUAGUACCUAUUGAAGUCAAUUGUCAUCAAGGAUUACACGUACCAUAUAAAUUAAUAAAUACAUGAAUGCCCCCCCCCAAUUUUAUCAAUCUUCCGUCGCCCUUGAAAGUGAAAAAUCAUCUUCGAGUAUUUCGUCAAAAUGAGUUUCAUAAAACGAGCGAUAAACGAGCUACCUUCUCCUGCGUUUAUAGUCGAUAUCGUAAAAGUGAAGAGAAAUUGUGAGCGAAUGAAAGAAAGGUGCAAUUUGCUAGGUGUCAGAUUAAGACCUCACAUGAAAACUCACAAAACCAUUGAAGCUGGAGUUUUGAUGACAAAUGGUACUUGUUCCCAAGUGGUGGUUUCAACUUUGGCUGAAGCUCAAUUUUACUAUGAAAAUGGUUUUGAUGAUAUUGUCUAUGCAUACCCACUGAGUAAGGAUAAGAUUAGGCGAUGUGCUGAACUGCAGAGUAAACUGGAACUCUUUCAUGUCACUGUUGAUAAUAUGCAAAUUAUUGACUCCCUUGAAGAAUACGAGUUACCAGUGUCUAGCAAAAAAUGGUCGGUAAUUCUUAUGGUUGAUUGUGGAUGUGGAAGAGAUGGGGUUCCAUACAAUAGUGAUUUAGCUUUGAACAUGGUCAAAAGACUAGUAUCAUUAAAGGAUGUGGAGUUUUUUGGAGUUUAUACUCAUUAUGGUUCAUCUUAUCAUUGCCAUGGCCCUGAAGAAAUAAGGAAAGAAGCAUCAAUUGCCUGGAAGAAGCUUGUUGACUUAACUAUUAGGAUUAAAGCAGAAGGUAUUGAGUGCAAGAGUGUCAGUGUAGGUGCAACACCUACUUGCUCACUUCCACCUGCAAAAGAGUUUGUUGAAGGCAUAACUGAGUUUCAUCCAGGAAACUAUGUAUUUUAUGAUAUUGCACAAGUAAAUAUCGGAUCAUGUUCUGUAGAGGAUAUUGCUUGCAGAUUACUGACACGAGUCAUCUCACAUUAUCCUGAGAGUGGUCACAUGUUAAUUGAUUGUGGCUGGAUGGCUUUAACACUGGACAGUCUUGGUGAACUCCCCACUGGAUUCUGUGUUUUUGAGGGAGAACCUAACCUAAAAUUGGAAGGAAUGACUCAAGAGCUUGGCAAAGUUAUUGCAUUAAAUGGCAAGCUUGAUUUUUCCAAAUAUCCCAUUGGGUCAAUCUUGAAAAUCUUGCCACAUCACGCAUGUGCAACAGCAGCAAUGCACUCUGUGUAUUUUGUUCAUGAAGGGGAGACAGUUGUGGAAGAAUGGAAACCAGUUAGAGGAUGGUGAUUUGGAUAUCUGAAUGAGUGCAAAUAGGUUUGGUAAUUGUGUCAUAGCCAUACAUGUCAAACCAAUUAUUUCUCAUAUUUUUUGAUAAAUUCUUGCUAUAUAUCCAAGAGAAAAUAUCUUUAUACACUUCAUUUUACGUCAAAUACUUCACAACCAAGAACAUAAUGAUACAUGUGAUUAUCAUUCCUCCAAAAACAAUCCAUUUAUCCUACACAAAAGCACAAAACAAAUCAUGUAUGAAAUUGAACAAUGAUUUAUAAAACACUUGUAUGCACAGUAAUCAGAAAUGUUGCAGGCAAUUCAAUAGGAGCAAAGUCUUUCAUGCAGAGAAAAUUUUUUAUAACAACUACAAAGAGUCAAAGUCAAACAUUAGCAUUAUAGUUAUACAUAAUUCUUUUUUAUUGACACAAUAUUUUCUUUGGAGGAAAUGUAUCUGUUGAAUAUAA